AUGGAUUCCUCGAGCAUCAGAGUCUCAAAUGAGUUCGUCCAUGUUGUUUGGGCAUCCCAUAUCCUCUCAUUGCUGAACCCUUACACCAGUACCGCAGGUGGGAAGGAAGUCGACGACGAGGACGGAGAGGACUUUGACGACGACGUAGACCAGGAUUUUACAAGUGCAGACGCUCAGCCCCUAAGCACUAACAGCGACAUACUCCGCCAAAAGUUUCUUGAUUGCAUCUGUGAACUUCUUUCCCACACCAAAGGCGGCAAGUUCGUCACAGCUGCGGCACUCAGGGAGAAGGAAAAUGGAGUCGAGGUCGACAUUGCUCGAAAUAACGGCUUAGAUGCAGACGACGACGAAGAAUAUCUGGACUCUCUGAAGCAGUUCCUCGCCAUGCAAGCUCGCGAGCUUCCACAUCCCGCGCUCGCUGAGUAUUCACACACCUUCUUGAAAACCACGAUUACAUAUAGCAGGACAAGGGUGGAUGCCCAGGGUGAGGCCGUGGCUCAGCUCCUUAGAGGCACGCUGUUCCGUCCUCUACAGAGGUCGAUCGCACGAGAGUAUACAGUAGACACCUGUUUACUCGGUUGCUGUUCCGCUCCACUCCAGCCGGUCUUUACCCAUGCUGAGAGUCUUGUCGUACAAUUAUUGAAUUUUGAUCACUGGAGCUCAGGGCAGGAUCCAAGUGAACAAAGGCAGAAGAUGGUGGAACUAGCAGCUGCCACUGUCCGCUCACCACAGGUCACCCAAGGGGCGCUUGAAAGAAUGCUCCCUUCUGUGGAUUCUCAUAAAGUCAUUCGAGCGUGGCGUGUUCUAGCAAGGCCAUUGACGAAUCUCAGGAUUCUCUCACAAAUAGCGCGGCUACUUCCCAACUUCCGAAAUAUUACCUUUAUUCCCAUCUCACGUCCCGCCCCUGUCAAACUCCAGAGCGGCCAAGUUCCAACAAUCCAGGAAGCGUGGAAGUCUCUCGGUCUAUCCCGUGGACGUGGACCAAACAGCGGCUUUCCUCCUGCUCUGACUGGAAAAAGUAACAAAUUUAGGGGCAGCUGUUGCUCCGAGCUCGUUACCCACUGUGAAAUACAGCUCUUGACGCGAUACGAGGCAGAGCCGUCGCUGGUGCCGAGGCUGCCUUAUUUCGGGUGUAGUAAGAAGACUUGUUUCCUCUGCGAGUCGUUCCUAGAACUGUCGCCGCUGAACAUUCGCACGCGUGGUCGACACGGACAGUGUCAUCCUCUAUGGGCCAUACAACCGUGCGAUUCUGAAGAUGCAAGACAAAGACUAAAGCACUUGUGUAAAAUUGUCAAACAGAAGAUUAAGGCAAGACGUAACCCACGUCAUAACCCUCCGCCAGUUGCUAUCCAGCAGUCGUCGGCCGUAUCUGAGUUAAAGUCCGCCGAUAUACUUGAGCACGUGCGCCAAAGCAAGAACCUAGAGGUAGUUGCUCAACAAGCUCGGGAACUGCGUGAAAAGAGGCGAAUUCUCCUCGAUCCUAGAUCCGUCGGCCCGCCGAGUAUAUGGUAUCGUGAUUUACGGACACUUUGCGUCAUGUGCCAGUGGCCUUGUGCACGGAGGUGUACCCGAUGCCUCUCCAGCUGGUACUGUUCCAAGAGAUGUCAGAGCGUCGACUGGCCAUCCCACAAGCUCCUAUGCUCCCGAUAUCGCAAUUUCCUGGCCAGCCGCCCAUCAGAGGACCACUGGCUCGGCAUCUGGUUUCCCAGAGACACAGCCCGGCCAAAGCUCAUAUGGGCCCCUAUCUAUUCUCCAGAAUGGGGCUUCCACUUUCCCUCUUUCGACCCAUACCUCGGCCUGAACCAUGGGCUUCUUUUCACCAUCCCAUUCGUCGAAAACAAAAGAAGAACCCUGGAGCUCGACCACCAUCUUACAAUAUACUAUCGCGAUUAUGAUACAGUGACUAACAAGUCCGUCCACGCCGCCGUGGAAGCUUGUCCUGGCAUGAGUACGUCUUACAAUAUGCUCGGCGAGUACGUGGUGAUGAGCGGCCAGUACGGAUCACACACGGGCACCGCCGACCACGCAUUCAAGGAUAUGACUCUUGCCGACUUCCGCCAUGCGCUCGACUGGUUCAGCACAUGUUUCGAUGAGACAGUCCGGGAAAUCCCGAGCGGUGGCUCCUCCGUGCUUGCGGUUCAAGUUAGCAGUCCCCUCAAGCAGCACAGCUCCGGUCGAAACCUUUUCACAUCCGUAGCUAUUGAUCGAGAUUUCCCAAGCACGAGCAACGUCUCUCCCCUAUCACAGGCUCUUGGCCUUCCCAUACGAGUGUGUCAAUUGGAUCCUCGGGCCGAUCUAACGGACGAGCCGUCUGAGGAAGAAACGAGCUGGACGAAUCCAUAUACCCAGAUCCUGAUGACGGAGAUCGAUCCGGAAUCUGACAACUGGGGUAACACUCGACGGCACGUUGAUAUCCAUGGGAGCGUCUUGCUCCGUCGAUUGGAUGAGGAGGACCUGGAUCUGGCCACGGCAGAACACAUGUGUUUCUACUGCCUUGAGGUGCUGAAACCUCUUUUUGACAAAGCACUCUCUGGCGAGGUCUCUCGCCAGGACGUUCUAGACGAGAUUACACUGGAGAAGGCUACCGAGUGGAAACCGAUCGAUGCGUAUACCCGGGUUACUGGGGAGCAACAAAGACCUCAACGUGGAUUUGUUAGGAGGAUGUAG